AGUGCUCGGCUGACCCGGAGACCGGCGCUUCGUUGACACUGGCUGCUGUCGUCUGUCUCUGAGGUGUCAACCUCUUGGCGGUGAAGGUCAGAGUGCAGACCUGAAACUACUGCUCACGGACUUCAAACUCCAGUUUAUCUGUGCUCCGGCUUCCUGACUUAGUCUCAGAAGACUUAGGCUGAGGCCCCAGGAGGAGAUCUCCAUCCUUUGGAGGAGCACAACAGAAUGGCCACAUCCCAGGAAUCAUUGACCUUCAAGGACGUGUUCGUGGACUUCACCCUCGAGGAGUGGCAGCAACUGGACUCUGCCCAGAAGAACCUCUACAGGGACGUCAUGCUUGAGAACUACAGCCACCUGGUGUCCGUGGGGUAUCUGCUUGCCAAGCCAGAUAUGAUCUUCAGGUUGGGACCAGGAGAAGAGUCCUGGAGGGCAGAUGGAGGGACCCCGGUGCGCACCUGUGCAGAAGUCUGGCAAGUUGACAAGCAGAUAGAUGACUACAAGGAAAGCCAAGACAAACUUCCAUGGCAAGCUGCAUUCACAGGCAAAGAAACACUGAAGGAUGAAAGUGGUCAAGUAUGUAAAAUAUGUAGAAAAAGCAUUUAUCUCAGCACAGACUUUGCUUCUGUAAAACAAAGACUCCCUAAAUAUUACUCAUGGGGAGGGUGUUCAAAACAUAAUUUAAUCUUUCUUAGUCAAAAUAGUAGCUAUGUAAGAAAGAAAGAUGAUGGAUGUAAGGCAUAUUGGAAAGUAUGCCUCCAUUCUAACCUUCAUAAAGCUCAACCUGCGGAGAAAUUUUUUGACCCUAAUCAACGAGGGAAAGCCCUCCACCAAAAGCAAGUGCUUCAGAAAAGUCAGAGAAGUCAAACUGGGGAGACACUCUACAGAUGUACUCAAUGUGGAAAAGGGUUUAUCCAGAAAGCAAACUUAGUUGUACAUCAAAGAACUCACACUGGAGAGAAACCUUAUGAAUGCUGUGAAUGUGCAAAAGCCUUCAGCCAGAAGUCAACCCUCAUAGCACACCAGAGAACUCACACAGGGGAGAAGCCCUAUGAAUGUAAUGAAUGUGGGAAAACCUUUAUUCAGAAGUCAACUCUGAUUAAACAUCAACGAACUCAUACGGGAGAGAAACCAUUUGUAUGUGCCAAAUGUCCAAAAGCCUUUAAAAGUUCAUAUCAUCUUAUUAGACAUGAAAAAACACACAUUAGACAAGCAUUUUAUAAAGGUAUUAAAUGUACUACAUCCGGCCUUAUAUAUCAAAGGAUUCACCCAAGUGAGAAACCUGAGUGCAGUGAACAUGGGAAAACCUCUGAUGAGAAGCCUAGUCCCACUAAACAUCAGAUAACUCAUACAAAAGAGAAAAUUUACGAGUGUAGUAAAUGUGGGAAAAGCUUCAGAGGUAAGUCACACCUCUCUGUUCAUCAGAGAAUUCAUACAGGAGAGAAACCCUAUGAAUGUAGUAUAUGUGGGAAGACUUUCAGAGGGAAGUCACACCUCUCUGUCCAUCAUAGAACUCAUACAGGAGAGAAACCUUAUGAAUGCAGAAGAUGUGGGAAAGCCUUUGGGGAGAAGUCAACCCUUACUGUACAUCAGAGAAUCCAUACAGGAGAGAAACCCUACAAAUGCAACGAAUGUGGGAAAGCCUUCAGUGAGAAGUCACCACUGACUAAACAUCAGAGAACUCAUACAGGGGAGAGACCGUAUGAAUGCAGUGACUGUGAAAAAGCCUUCAGUAGGAAGUCAACUCUCAUAAAACAUCAGAGAAUUCAUACGGGAGAAAAACCUUACAAAUGUAGUGAAUGUGGGAAGGCCUUCAGUGUGAAAUCAACUCUCAUUGUGCAUCACAGAACUCAUACAGGAGAGAAACCUUAUGACUGCAGAGACUGUGGGAAAGCAUUCAGUGGGAAGUCAACUCUCAUUAAACAUCAGAGAAGUCACACAGGUGAUAAAAACCUAUGAAUAUACUUGAGAGUGGGACAAUUAUACUAGUAAUUAUACCUCAUUACAUGUCAAAUAAUUCGUCAUGGGGAGUAAUCUUAUAAGUAUCAAGAAUGUUGGAAACCCUUCAUAUGUUAAUAUUCAUUUAACUUAGUAAAAGGUACAGAAGUAUAAUUCCAGAGGUGUCAAUAAAUGUGAUCAAUUUUUUUCACCCAGAAUUCUUCACCCAGGAGUGAAAAUCUGUAUCUCAAAUAAUUCAAAAGGGCCAAAACUGAGUGUAGUGAUGUGGGAAAGCCUUCAGAAAGAAUGUAAAUGGCACUGUUUAUCAGAGUAUUUAUGCUGAGAAAAACUAAGAAUUUAGUGAGCCAUGGUGUGGUAGGUAGCUCACACCUGUAAUUCCAGCACUUUUGGGAGGCCAAGGUGGGCAGAUCACUUGAGCUCACAAGUUUGAGACCAGCCUGGGCAACAUGGUAAAACUCUCUACAAAAAAUACAAAAGUUAUCUGGGUGUGGUGGUGUAUGCCUGUAGUCCCAGCUACUUGGGAGGUUGAGGUAGGAUGGCUUGAGGCCAGGAGGUGGAGGUUGCAGUGAGCUGAGAUCACGCCACUGUACUCCAGCCUGGGUGUUACAGCCAGACCUUGUCAAAUAAAUAGACAAACACAAACUCUUGUUAUAAAUGAGAGGAAUCAUGCUCUAUAUUCUUUUUUUAAUAGAGACAGAGUUUUGCUAUGUUGCCCAGGCUGGUCUUGAACUCCUAGCUUCAAUUGAUCCUCCCACCUUUGCCUCCCACAGCACUCAGAUUAUAGAUAUGAGCCACCACACUUAGCAUAUUCUUUACCAAACAUUUUGUGGAAAAGGUAUAGAGGUGGCAAGCAAACACUCAAUUAUAAAUUUAAGAUAUGUUCACUGUGGAGUAGAUUAUGACGAUUUUUUUUUUGAGACGGAGUUUCACUCUCAUUGCCCAAGUUGGAGUGCAAUGGUGCAAUCUCAGCUCACUCCAACCUCUGCCUCCCAGGUUCAAGCGAUUCUCCUGCCUCAGCCUCCUAAGUAGGCUGGGAUUUCAGGCAUGCACCACCAUGUCCUGCUAAUUUUUUGUAGUUUUAAUAGCAACAGGGUUUCACCAUGUUAGCCAGGCUGGUCUCGAACUCCUGACCUCAGGUGAUCUGUCCGUCUUAGCCUCUCAAAGCACUGGGAAUACAAGUGUGAGCCAUGGCACCCAGCCUACUAUGACAUUUUUAAAAGAAUAGUAUAAAGCAUAAAAUAUCCUAUGUGGGUUAAACUCCCAGAUUAUUUUCCUAAACAAAUAAAAAAAUUGCUUCCUUAAAUAGGGUAAGAGAGGAUGAGUCAUCAGGAUCCCUGAAACAAAGAUCUCAAACAGGAGACCUUACAUAUAUUAUUCAUCAAUAUCUUCAGUGCAAAAACAAAGCCAUUACAGAAAGGGUGUAUAGUAAGUUUUUACAUACUUUCCUUAGGAACAGUACUUACAACUUAAAAUUCUCCAUGUUUUAAGAAAGAGUAAUUUUGUGGUGAAGCAAUAGAAGAUUUAAAAAUUUCAGAGCAUCUUCCAUAAGAGCAGUAUUAUUUAAAGUAGUGAAAAAAUAAGACAAUUUAAUAUCCAGUGAUAGCUGAUUAAAAAUUGAUAUGUCAAUUAGGUGAAAUAAUAUGCACCAAUUAAGACUAUUUGCAAAUUUGGGAAAAUGUUCAUGGUAAAUCAUUACAUAAAAAAUAUACAAAAAUAUACCAUAUGAUUGAUAUUGUAAAAACAUAAAGAAAGUAUAUGAACCAUUAUAUCAGUGAUUCUGGGUGGUUGGCUUAUAAAAAUUUUGAGAUGAGUAAAGUUAUAUGCACAUGUAUGUAUAAGUAUAAAUUUGUAUUUCAUCUAUUUUAGGUGAGUAUAUGUGUGUGUAUAAACACAUGGAACGAAAAGCUAGGUACAUCUGUGUAGUGUGGGUGGGGGGAGCUAGGAAAGAAAUACACCUAAUUCUUAAGUAAAUUGGCAUUUGAGUGUGGAGAUUAUUGAUGCAUAAAAAAGUUUUUGGAUGUAGUCCCCAGAAAUCACCAAUAAAGCAUAUCAUUUAAAGUG